AUGUUCUAUGAGAAAGUCGUGGUGGGACCCCCGAAGUCGUUUUCUUACUCUGAUCUAUUGGAAUAUGUAGAGACGCUCCUGAAAGAAUCAAAGUCAUAUGAAGAGAGAUCGAUGGGCAAGUCUAACUACAGCUGGCUGCGGUCCAGGAGUCUGGAGGUCUCUCCGUACAGCCAGGAGCUGGAAAAGUUCAAGCCUGUGGUACGGAAGAUGUCAUCCGAGAGCUGCGCCGUUAUAGCUGUCAAACUUGACAGCAUGGAUGUCAAAACACCCACAGAAAUCCUGGUGGCGUUCAAGAACAUUCUGGAAGAACAGUACAGCAUCCAGAUGUUUGAGGGAAACGUGAAGCGUGCGAAAGAGACGAAGAAUAGUAAAAAGAGAAGAAACAAGGUCCACCCUGAGUUGCUGCCACCGGGACGACAAGCCACAGUGUCUUUUAUUUUGAACUAG